GUAUCCAAGGGCGUGCCGUAGCCUGGCAACGGCGGGUAAACAGAGGGGCUCGCGGGCAGCGGGCUCUGAUGCGCUCGGGAUGAGCCGACCCAGCAGUGGCCGCGGUGAAACGCGGGUCAAACGAACCGGAUGCGCGGGAGGUCACCUGCCCGCGCUCGACGACGCGCGCGCGUCGAGUCCUGAAGCCAGACUGCUGUCCGCCUUCAGGAGAGACGCGCAGCACGCCAGCAAAGUUUACCUCGGGGGGAGAGAGUAUUACAGCGAGGAUGGGAAGACCUUCGAAUUGCCCCUUGUUGGGAAAAUAAAGCGACAGUUAAGCGCCGAUCCCACUUUCUGUCCAGAGUAUCCGUCUCCUCUUGGGCUGACAGAAUUCACCAGGCGAGCCACAGAGGUGGCUCUGGGAGAGAACUCUCGGGCUGCAGUGGAGAGCCGGGUGCUUGGCGUCCAAACUCCCAGUUUUACGGCUGCCGUGCGCCUUGGGGCUGAACUCUUGAGACACUGGACCGAUGUCAGUGCUGCCUGGUGCGGUCCAGUCUACCUCUCUUCCCCUUGUGAUGACUCGCUGGCUGGUAUCUUCCAGGCAGCAGGGAUCCGAGAUAUCCGUCAGUAUUAUUACUGGGAUGAGCAGCAGCGGUGCAUUUGUUUGGAGAAGCUUCUGGAGGAUCUGGAGAGGGCUCCUGAGCGAAGUGUUGUUGUUCUGUCCGCGUCUGCCCACUACCCGACCGGAGCUGAUCUCACUCAGAAUCAAUGGGCCGUAAUUACACAACUAAUGACGAGGCGUAGGCUUCUCCCUUUCCUCUUGCUGCCUGCUCAGGCGCUCUGCUUUGGGGAUUUGAAGCGGGACGCCUGGCCCGUACAGCACUGCGCAUCGCAGGGCAUGGAGCUCCUUUGCGCUCAGUCGUUCUCCCACUGCUUUGGCCUAUACGGGGAGGCUGUCGGUCACCUCGUGUGCGUCCUAAAGCAGAACUCCCUCCUGUUGUCUGUGAAGUCUCAAGCUGUCAAAUUAGUCAGAUCGCUGUGGGCCCAGCCGUCCGCAGGAGGAGCACACGUCGUCGCCACCGUGCUCAGUAACCCAGCCCAUCUUGUGGAAUGUCAAGGAGAAGUUAGACGAAUCGUUGAGCGUUGUAUGCUGAUCAGAGACAUUCUGAGAGAGAAGCUGAGGCUUCUGGGUACUCCAGGCUGCUGGGACCACCUGACUCAACAAAGUGGACUCUACUGUUGCACAGGCUUGAAUGAUCAGCAGGUGGAAUUUCUGUCAAAGAGGAGACACGUGUACCUCCUUCCCAGUGGCUGUCUAAAUGUGAGUGCAAUCAACGGCCAUAACCUGAAAUACAUAUCCGAGUCCAUCCAUCUGGCCCUGACCACUUCACCAUGACCACGUGGCUUUUGAUCAAAAUCUGAAAUCAGUGUCAAGGAGGCUUUUCAGCCUCCUGGAACACUGACUGUUCCUGUAAUUACUAUUGCAGUCGUAGACAAUGCAAAGUACAUGUGAAACAAAGAUAAAUGUAGAGCAAAUUAUAAUUGCAUAUGAAACUGCUGUUGACUUUUUGUGAUAUAAGUCCAGUGGUUAUUAGAGAUUAGUGUGUGAUAAGGGAUGUGUCCAUGUGUCGUGUCUGGUUGUAGGUCAGCCAUAAAACUGUAUCACAAUAGCGCAGUGAUCCUUUUGUGAAAGUGUUCUUCCUCUAUCUGCGUUUGGAUAUUAAUAAAUAAUAUAUAAUAUAUAAUUUGUAGUGCAAAAAGUAUAUGUUAAAUGAAAUGUAGGUAGUGCUUACAAAACUGAUGUAUGUUCAAGUGGUAAUUUUUUUCGCUGAGUUGAUGUUAAUUAGUUAUUUAAUGCAAUAAAAAACGAUGUGAAACCUCA